AUGGAUCUGUGUUUCGCCUACAGCCUUGUAAUUGAUGGGAAAGAUUCCAAACCAGAUAAAUUGUCCGGUCUAGGGGAAGGGGAAGAAAAUCAGGAUGAUGAUGAUGAUGAUGAGGAGGAAGAAGGUGGAGCAGAAACAGAGGAACAGUCUGGGAAUGAAAGUGAAAUGAAUGAACAUGAAGAAGAGGAUGCUUCUGAGAAUGAAGAUGAUGAUGAAGAGGAGGAGGAAAAUACAGAUUACCUGACUGACUCCAAUAAGGAAAAUGAAACUGAUGAGGAUAACAAUGAGGUGAUGAUCAAGGGCGGAGGCUUAAAGCAUCUUCCCUGUGCAGAAGAUGAAGAGUUCAUUCAAGCUUUGGAUAAAAUGAUGCUGGAGAAUCUGCAGCAGCGAUCUGGCGAAUCAGUCAAAGUGCACCAGUUAGAUGUGGCUAUUCCACUGCAGCUAAAAAGCCAGCUGAAGAAAGGUCCCCCACCCCAAGGAGGAGGAGAAGGCGACUCUGAAAAUUCAGAAACCAUGCAGUUUGUGAUGCUCACCAGAAGGGGGAACAAACAACAGUUUAAAAUACUGAACGUACCAAUGAAUUCGCAGCUUGCUGCAAAUCACUGGAAUCAGCAACAGGCAGAACAGGAAGAAAGAAUGCGUAUGAAGAAACUGACACUUGACAUUAAUGAACGGCAAGAACAGGAAGACUACCAGGAGAUGUUACAGUCCCUGGCACAGCGUCCAGCUCCAGCAAAUACCAAUCGUGAGCGGCGACCACGGUAUCAGCACCCUAAAGGAGCACCAAAUGCUGAUCUCAUCUUCAAGACAGGGGGGAGGCGACGUUGAUGUUAGUGACAGGUGGCACUUUGACUUGCCCUCUGUAUCUCUGAUAUCAAAGGUAUCUGAGUCCUCCCAUCGAGAGCAGUGGACACACCUCACCAUGGCUGUCUAGAGAUCAACACGUGCCUGGUACGAGCCAGGCCUUGGGCAGACAUUGCAGCCUCCGACAAUAGCGUAAAGUGGCUGGCAGGCUAAACAAAACAAGAGAAUUGAUAAUGCAUCUACAAGAACACUUCUAAGUGUUAAUUCUUAUACAUCUUUGGCACCUUUUAGAAUGAGAGUGAAAUUGUGAGGUGGCCUAUGUGUCAGUAAGUAGUAAAACAAAAGAAAAAUCCAUUUAAUUAAGGAUGGGGAUUACUUCUCGAGUCGAAGACGUUUUGACUUCGUUCAUCAGUAUCUUCUGGUUUCAGAACUUUUAACUUUUUGUGAGUGUAAACAUUCUUCAUAUAAAAAUAUUGAAAUUUGCUAUGAAAUGGCAGAAGAGAGGGAAGACAGUUUUCUUUUUGUCGAAUGGAAAGUGUGAAUCGUUAAAAGGCCAAAAGGCAGUAAUCCUACCAUGAGGGGCAUGUGGAUGGUGCUGAAGGGAGGGCGGUGGGGAGAUGAGGAAAAUAGUUUUCCCAUAAACAAUUUGGUUGGCACUUUUAGUGAAAACUUGACUGUACUCCUGGAUAAUGGUACAACGAUAUUGAGCUAAACUUCCCAGAUCCUAUUUGGUUCCUGCUUCUGGGUACUACUUAAAAUCAGUCAUUUUUUUUGUUGUCACUGCUUAGAAGAGAUUUCAGUUUUAAUCAUAAAAAAAAUAAGUCCCAGAAUUGCAGAUAUAAAGCCUACCUUACAAUUGCCAUCCAAUAGAACAUGUUGGCAGUAGAAACUGGUGUUAGAGCAAAGGAGAAUCUAAUUCAGUUUUGUUUUUACAUUCAGUUUUUUGGAAUUCUUUCAAAUAUUUGUAAACUUAUAAAACCUUUGUUUUUUUUUUUCACUCUUUUGGCGACAGAUGAACACGUGAACAUAGACUCGGGUGGGUUUGAAUUCUUUUUCUGCACCAAAAUUGCCAUCUGGUUGUCAGUAUAAGUGCAGUCGUGAGCAAACCUAUUUUCUUAAAUGUGUUUAUGAAGGUACGGCUAUAUGCAUCGAACAGGUGUCACUUUAGCAAAUUUAUUUGUAAUAGCACUGUAAUUUCAGUUUAAAGCUCGCCAUUGUUUGUUUCUUCUAUUUGAAGUAUCUGCUUGUAUACUACUUAGUGGAAGCUAAGUAUAGAAGUAUAUGUUUGGCUUUAAGACACUGCAUGGUCUAAUUCAUGAGUUGCUAAACCUUUGGCUGUUGCCAGUCUUGCAGUAAAAAAGAAAGUUGUUGACCUAAUUAAGUUUCUGCUCAGAGUUUUUGUGCACACAGGCACGCGUAUAUUUUAAAUGAGACAGAAUGAGGAGGACUAAAAGUAAUUGUGAUGCUGUGUGUAAGGCAUUAGAAGUUCAUUUCAUCAGUGAGGUUUUUUCAAAAUCAUCCUAGCUUAUAGCUCUUGAAGGCCUCUCUUGUUGCUAUCUGACUUUGAUAGAUUUCUGAAACUAUAUGUAUAACGUAAUCACAUCCAAAAUAGGCAAAUUACAUUUGUUAAUGUAUAUAUAAUGCAGAUUCAAGCUCUUCAAUGCACUAACUGCUUAAGUUUCAAUUUACUGCUUAAGGGCAGAUAAUGUGGCGGGGGGGGAAUGAAAAUAUUAAAUCAUUGUUUAUCCCUGUACACCACAUGACGAGCUUCACCAUGGUCUAUUCAUAUAAAUUUCAAAAGGUUUUGGGAACUUCAAUUGUUACAUAUCCCAAAACCAUUUGGGUUGGAACCAAAAUUACCUGACGAGUUAUUUGAGAGACUGCACACUGGUAUCUCAAAUUUGGAACCAAAACCAGCCCAUUCUGUUGGAAUUAAAGUCUCCUUUGUCAGUUCUUGGCCAGCUUCAUGUCUGCUUCGUAUGGAAACCCUUCACUAUGCUGAAGAUGUUCCAAAACAAACUAUUGAGAAAUCCAGACAGGUAAAGCUUUCCUGACUGAUGUGCAUCCCUCUGGUUACCAUCGCUCACUUACAUCAACUGAGCGAUAUCAUCUCUCACUUAGAUCAACUGAGCUUGAAGAGUCUAGGCUUAGAGUUCUUUACCAGUCCAUGCGUAUUGCUGGAGUUUACUGUUAUAAAUCCACCGUUUGCUGACAGUAGAGACAUGCUUCCUGCUCCUCCAUCUGGGACCAACUAAUCUGAUGUAGCAGGAUUGCCUGAAGUUGAGAAGAAAGAUUCCAAGAUUCCCAGGUAGGUCCAUUCCUUCAAGGCUUCAAUAAUAAACCAGGAUGACCAGUCUGUCAUUAAUAAACCCUGGGAUACAGCUAACCUUCUCAACUUUGGUGUCUGAUUACCAAAUCUGCCAUACAAAAUUGUAGUAUUCUAUUACUUGGCACCAUUAACUUUCAUACCCUCUGCCCAGAGAAUGGAAAUUAGACAGCUGAUGGCAUGGGUUUGAGCCCUUGUUAUGUGAAUGGCAAAUGCCAGCAACACACAGUGCAUGGUGAAUAGCCCAACAUAUAAUGGUUGUUUGGUUUAAGGAUCAUUUGUGAAAUGGAUUUCAACUUUGUUCCUGGUAAGGAUAGAAGAAUUGUGGAAAAUGGCUCCUAUUUUGGCCUAAACCUGGCAAUCAAGGGGAGGCGGAUGUGAAAUGUGAGAGGAAUACAGGCGUAAAUGUUCCUUUUUAAGCUGGGGUUCAGAAUACGUCAUGAGACAGUACAAGAAAAUUUUAGUCUAUCCCCAAAUGUAUUAUACCUGACCCUGAAAGAAUGUGGUGCUGAUCUUAGGUGAUUGAAAUGGGAAAAUUUAUUCAUUUCCCAAAGGUUACAUCAAUCACUAAUCCAGUACCCAGUGAUGUUUGCUGUAAACUGCAUAUAGAAGUAUUUGGAUGACAGGUAAGUAUGGGAAAUGGCUUCAUUGUGUCAACUGCCAUGAUCCAUUCUCUUUAUUGACACUCCCAAGGCUGAAAUAAGAAGACUUGCGAAUGAAUGUGGUGGUGGACUGCCAUAGGCGUCAUUCCUUAAAAGGAUUCAGGACUUCCAGGAGAGGGGUGGGAAAAGUAUAAUGUUCUCCAUCAUGCUGUACAAUAAAGGUUAUGUUUGGCUGUAAAAUGAGCAGCAAGGCUAAGGUGGCUAAAUUUUUGUACAUGUUCGUAUAUGGUAGCUCCUUGUAUUAAAACAAAUUGCAUUUUCCAAAAUGUUCCUUGAUGUGAAGUGUUUUAGGGUGAACUGAGUUCAUGAAAAAUCCUGUAUAAAUGCAAGCUCUUUAAUUGUAUAGUGUUGAAUUGUUCCUUUCUGCUUUCUUCUAUUGUGAAUCACAAAUUGCUAACAAUUUCAGUGUUUUAAAUUUUAAAAGCUAAUGGUUUGCUUUGUUAACUAUUCAUUGUUUAGUGAUAUGUUGUGAAAUUCAUAUUUUGGGGUUUGAAUGUUGCCCAGAUUGAAUCUGAACUGUUUGAUUGUGUGGUCAACAUAAUUCCUGUUCUACUGGAACACUUUAUGAAAAGAAUGGGAGGCAUGUAAUGCUAGCAACAUUAAACUAAUGAAUUAGUA